AUGUGGCGGCGGACAUAUCUCAUUCUGGUUCUCAUCCGGCUGUGGUUUGCAUUGUCACCCAGCUAUCUACACCCCGACGAGAACUUCCAAGGCCCCGAGGUCAUAGCCGGACAGAUCUUUAGUUACCCUGUGCGCCAUACCUGGGAAUUUACGAGCGAGAACCCGAUCCGAAGCGUCUUUCCAUUAUGGCCUGUCUACGGUCUCCCGAUGCUCCUCCUGCGGUGGCUAUGGAUCGGUAAUGGACAGGACGGCGAGAUACCCCCGAUUGCCGUUUUCUGGACCCUGCGCGUCCUCAUGUUCUUGAUCAGCUUCGUGCUCGAGGACUGGGCGCUACAUGAAUUGAUUCAGUCGCCGAGGCAUCGCCGGGUCGCCGUUCUCCUGGUUGCCUCGUCCUACGUGACGUGGACCUACCAGACGCACACGUUUUCCAACUCUAUUGAAACAUUGGUAGUCGCGUGGAGUCUGGUCUUGAUCCAGCGACUCGCUGAUCCACGGCAACGGUCAUGCGUCCUAUCCGCCACUGUUCUCGGAAUAGUAGGUGUGUUUGGCGUCUUCAACCGAAUUACCUUUCCGGCCUUCCUUUUUAUUCCCGGGUUUCGCCUGAUUCCCGUCUUCUGGAAGAGGCCUGGAUCUCUUGUGUGCUUGAUUUUGGCUGCGGCUGUGACGACAGUGAUUGCCAUCGGGUUGGAUACUGCAUUCUAUCUGCCUAGUCCUAUCACAUGGACCGACUUGAUCCACAAGCCCGUAAUCACACCCCUCAACAACUUCAAGUACAACUCGGCCACCGAGAAUCUGGCUCAGCAUGGCCUUCACCCCUGGUACCAGCAUCUGGUCGCAAACCUGCCUUUGCUGCUGGGUCCAGCUGCGGCACUUUUGAUCUUCAAGCCUGCCUUUUCCCUUCGGCUCUACUCGGCUAUUUCUGGACUAGUUGUUCUUUCGGCUUUCCAGCAUCAAGAGGCGAGGUUCUUAUUGCCGACGGUGCCGCUGUUCCUAUCAUCGAUCCACAUGCCCCGGAACCAGACGCUGUUUCGGCUAUGGACAUCGGCAUGGAUCAUUUUUAACCUGUUCCUCGGAGUAAUGAUGGGCAUCUAUCACCAAGGAGGGGUGGUGCCGGGGCAGGUCUUUUUAAGCCAGCAACCAGACGCAACCCAGGCGAUCUGGUGGAAGACUUAUACCCCACCAGUCUGGCUUCUCAACGGGAAGAACGAGGUCUUGACGACGCGAGACGUCAUGGGCCUCAAGGGUGACUUGCUUCUCGAGCAACUAUACCAGCUCGCGACCUGUGACACCCCGGCCGAUAGGCGGAACCAGGAGUAUCUGAAGGAGAAGAACGGCACGUACCUGAUGGCCCCGGCCUCAGCGACGUGGUUAGACUCCUACCUCCCCAACAAGGGACUGGAGGGGCUACGAUUUAGGGAGGUUUGGCGUUACCGGCAGCACUUGAACCUGGAUGAUUUGGACUUUGAGGAAGACGGCGUUUGGGGCACUCUGGCCAGAGUGAUUGGGCGGCGGGGUCUCGUCGCAUGGAGGGUGACGAAAAGCUGCCCUCACUGA